GCUAUCCAAGUCCUAAGGGAAUUCACUCUCUACCAAAAACAAAAAUCUCACCCUCCUCAAGAAAAUCAAACCAGCCGUUAGAAAAAUGGCGGAUGUAGCUACAAAGACAUCCGUGGAAGAUGAGGUGAAGAAAACAGAGCCGUCUAGUUUGUUGGGGAAGCUAGAAACAGACGUGGAGAUCAAGGCUUCGGCUGAUAAGUUUCAUCACAUGUUCGCUGGGAAACCACACCAUGUCUCCAAAGCAAGUCCAGGCAACAUUCAAAGCUGUGAUCUGCACGAAGGCGACUGGGGCACAGUUGGCUCUAUCAUCUUCUGGAACUACGUUCAUGAUGGGGAGGCAAAGGUGGCUAAGGAGAGAAUCGAGGCGGUGGAGCCGGAGAAGAACUUGAUCACGUUUAGGGUUAUAGACGGUGAUCUGAUGAAAGAGUACAAGAGCUUCUUGCUCACGAUCCAGGUGACCCCCAAGCCUGGCGGGCCUGGAAGUAUUGUGCAUUGGCACCUUGAGUAUGAGAAGAUUAGCGACGAGGUAGCUCAUCCCGAGACUCUUCUUCAAUUCUGUGUCGAAGUGUCCAAAGAGAUCGACGAACAUCUCUUGGCUGAGGAAGAAGAGGUGAAGACAACAGAGACGCCUAGUUUGGUGGGGAAGCUAGAGACAGACGUGGAGAUCAAAUCUUCAGCUGAGAAGUUCCAUCACAUGUUCGCGGGAAAACCACAUCAUGUCUCUAAAGCAUCUCCAGGAAACAUUCAAGGCUGUGAUCUGCACGAAGGCGACUGGGGCAAAGUCGGCUCUAUCGUCUUUUGGAACUAUGUUCAUGGCAAGUCAAUGUUAUAUAAAUUUCUUGUUCAUAAAUAAUAUGUCUCAAAA